AUGGGACAACUGAUCGCCAAGUUGAAGGGCAUCUUCGGGAACCAGGAGCACAAAGUUAUCAUCGUGGGACUGGACAAUGCCGCAAAGACCACCAUUCUCUACCAGUUCCUGAUGAAUGAGGUGGUCCACACAUCUCCCACCAUCGGUAGCAACGUGGAGGAGCUCGUUCUGCGAAAGACACACUUCCUCGUGUGGGACAUAGGGGGACUGGAGGCUCUGCGCUCUACCUGGAAUGCAUAUUGCUCCAACCCCGAGCUCAUCAUCCUUGUGAUUGACAGCACCGACCGGGACCGGCUGCCGACCACUCGGGAGGAGCUGUAUAAGAUGCUGGCCCAUGAGGCUCUUCGAGAUGCUUAUGUCCUGAUCUUUGCCAACAAGCAGGUUAUGAACAACUCCAUAACCACUGUGGAGAUCUCUCAGUUCCUCACUCUGAGCGCCAUCAAAGACCACCCGUGGCACAUCCAGGGCUGCUGUGCCCUCACCGGGGAAGGGCUGCCCACGGGGCUCCAGUGGAUGCAAUCUCAGGCCACUGCCAACUGA